CUCGGAGCUGGGAAAGAUCCAGCGCUGUUGAGGAAGGAGCAGCCUCGGGUCUGCACAGCGUGGACGAGGACUCGAUCUGGAGUGGAAUCCAGAACACAUGAACACUUUGGAGAACAUCUGAACCGUUCGAUAACCUUUAACAGGACUUACCUGGCUCUCCCCAUCACUAAUGAUCGCACAGACCAGCUGAUUGAUCUCCAGUGGAAAGAAUGAGGACCAAAUGUAAUUUACAGACUGGGGUCUUCCUGACAUUUUUAGCCGCCUUCCUCCAUGGCCAAGUGCAGAGCCAAGUAACCCCACCGACAAGACUGAGAUAUAACCCGCUAUCUCAAAACAUUGUACAGAUCUCAUGGAAAGCAUCAAAAGAUAGAAUUAAAGGAUACAGACUUUUGGUGACACCAAAAUCAGGUGGGAAACCCAAUGAACUAAAUCUUCAAAACACUGCCGUUAAAGCAGUCAUUCAGGGACUUGAUCCCAACCUGAGUUAUAUCGUACAGAUCAUUGCAUUUAAUGAAGACGAUGAAAGCAAGCCAGUUCGAGGAGAGUUUAGAAUAACAGACUUAAUGAAAAAAAGAAAGACAACCGACUCAAGCAGAAAUCGCAAGGGAAAAAAAAAAGAGAACACGAUUCCUGAAGAAGAAAAUUAUUUUUCCUGUAAAACGCCAGCAGUCGCCGACAUUGUGAUUCUAGUAGAUGGCUCGUGGAGUAUUGGUAGACUCAACUUCAGGCUUGUUCGGCUUUUCUUGGAGAAUCUGGUUGCUGCGUUCGAUGUUGCCACCGAUAAAACAAGAAUAGGUCUGGCACAAUACAGCGGAGACCCUAGAAUUGAGUGGAACCUGAAUACUUAUAACACAAAGGAGGCUGUCAUAGAUGCUGUCAGAAACCUGCCAUACAAAGGAGGAAACACAUUAACAGGGCUCGCUUUGACUUAUAUUCUGGAGAACAGCUUCAAAGAAGAAUCAGGAGCCAGAUCAGGACUUCCAAAGGUUGGCAUUUUAAUCACUGAUGGAAAGUCACAAGAUGAUGUUAUCCCACCCGCCAAAAGUCUGAAGGAUGCUGGAAUCGAACUUUUUGCAAUUGGUGUGAAAAACGCUGACCUCAAUGAACUGAAGGAGAUUGCCUCUGAGCCAGACAGCACCCACGUAUACAAUGUUGCCGAUUUCAAUGUUAUGGACUCGAUCGUUAACGGACUGACAAAAACCGUGUGCACACGCGUGGAAGAGCAAGAAAGUGAAAUUAAAGGAACACCAGUCGUCACCAUUGGAGCUCCCUCUGAACUGGUCACCUCAGAGGUAACAGCCAGAGGAUUCCGUGUCACCUGGACACAUGCACCAGGGGACGUAGAGAAAUACAGAGUGGUCUAUUAUCCCACUAAAGGAGGGCAACCCGAAGAGGUUGUGGUUGAUGGAAGUGUAUCUACAACCGUCCUGAAGAACUUGAUGUCUCUAACAGAAUAUCAGAUAGCCGUAUUUGCUGUAUACUCUAAUGUCGCCAGUGAAGGCUUACGUGGCUCAGAAACCACAUUGGCUUUGCCAAUGGCAUCAGAUCUCGAGCUGUACGAUGUGACCCAUAGGAGUAUGAGAGCAAAAUGGGUUGGCGUUGCUGGGGCUAGUGGCUAUAUGAUUCUAUAUGCCCCCCUUACAGAGGGACUAACCGCCGAGGAGAAAGAAAUGAAGGUUGGUGGAUCCACCACAGAUGUGGAACUGGAUGGCCUAACUCCUAAUACAGAAUACACAGUGACGGUCUAUGCAAUGUUUGGAGAAGAAGCCAGCGACCCACUCACAGGACAGGAAACAACAUUACCGUUAAGCCCGCCGAGAAACAUCCGAUUUUCAGAUAUAGGACACAGCACGGCCACCGUCUCCUGGGACCACUCCAACAAAAGAGUCAAAGGCUAUCGGAUCAUGUACGUGAAGACCGGUGGCACGGACAUGAAUGAAGUGGAAGUUGACCGAAUCUCAACAUACAAUUUGAAGUCGCUCUCAUCUCUCACGGAAUACACUGUGGCUAUUUUCUCUAUUUUUGAUGAUGGACAAUCUGAGCCUCUCACUGGAACCUUUACCACUAAGAAAGUACCAGCUCCCCGGGACCUAGAAGUCAGGGAUAUAACCACACGCAGCUUCAAGGCCUACUGGAAAUCCUUCUCCCCAGAUAUUGUCAUGUACAGACUUACAUGGACUCCACUAAGCGGUGGCAAAUCGGAAGAGAUCGUCCUGAAUGGCGAUGUCUACUCCUAUCUGAUCGACGGUUUGACACACAGCACGGAGUAUGAAGUUUCUCUGUCUGCGAUAUUUAGCGAUGAAUCAGAAAGCGAUGCUUUGGCUGCUGUAGCUACAACACUGAGAUUGACAACAGCUGCCCCCACUACUGUAAGACCGACUACAGCAGUCCUCCGUUUAGGAAUAAGAAACCUUUUGAUAGACGACGAAACCACAUCUAGCUUUCGUGUUUCAUGGCAAAUGUCAGAUGGCAAUAUACGUCAAUAUAUAGUGUCCUAUGUACCAGUUUAUGGUGACCGAGGUGAAGAACAGAAAAUGGUCCCAGGAAGACAGAACGAGAUCGUUCUCCAGCCUCUGCUCUCAGAUACAGAAUAUAAGGUGACCGUCACGCCCGUUUAUUUCAACGGAGAAGGAAACGGUGUUUCAACGUCAGGAAAAACAUUGCCCCUAUCUGCACCAAGAAACCUGCGCGUUUCCGAUGAAUGGUAUAACAGGCUACGAAUUACCUGGGAUCCCCCUCCUUCAGCCACUUUGGGCUACCGGAUUGUCUACAAGCCCGUGAAUGUUCCCGGACCUGCGUUAGAGACGUUCGUAGGAGAUGAUGUUAAUACCAUACUCAUCCUGAAUCUACUCAGUGGGACCGAGUACAGCCUAAAGGUCCUGGCUUCAUAUCCUACUGGAUUUAGUGACCCCCUCGCUGGACUAGGAAAAACCUUGUAUCUGGGAGUGAUGAAUCUAAAUGCGUACCAAGUGAGGAUGACCAGCAUCUGCGCCCAAUGGCAGCUUCACAGGCAAGCAACUGCUUACAGGGCCAUUAUCGAGUCCCUGGAAGAUGGGACCAAGCAAGAAGUCGUGCUUCCCGGAGGAACAUCUCGCAAUUGCUUUUAUGAGCUCUUACCCAAUACCAGAUACAGGAUUACCAUUUACGCCCAGGUCCAAGAAGUAGAAGGACCCGGUGUAAGCAUUGUGGAAACCACAUCGCCAGUUCCAACAGCAGCGCCAACGCCUCCUCCCACAACAGCCGCGCCAGCCACAAUUCCUAUGGCCAAAGAAGUUUGUAAAUCUGCCAGAGCCGAUAUGGUUUUUCUCGUGGAUGGAUCCUGGAGUAUUGGAGAUGACAACUUCCACAAAGUCAUUCGUUUCUUGUAUAGCACUGCUGGAGCUUUGGAUGAAAUUGGCCCCGACGGCACCCAAGUCGGAAUAGCUCAAUACAGCGAUGACGCAAGGACAGAAUUUAGGUUAAAUGCCUACAAAAGCAAAGAAUCUUUACUGGACGCCAUUCAGCGGAUUUCAUACAAAGGAGGAAACACGAAAACAGGCAGGGCCAUUAAACAUGUUCGGGAGGAUAUAUUUACCGUGGAAUCGGGCAUGAGAAAGGGCGUCCCAAAAGUUCUGGUGGUACUGACUGAUGGGCGUUCUCAAGAUGACGUCGCGAAGAUUUCCUCAGAACUGCAUUUGGAAGGCUUCAGUAUUUUCGCCAUCGGCGUGGCGGAUGCAGAUAACGGAGAGUUAGUUAACAUCGGCAGUAAGCCAAGCGAAAGGCAUGUUUUCUUUGUCGAUGACUUUGAUGCCUUCAAAAAAAUCGAAGAUGAAUUGAUCACCUUUGUUUGCGAGACGGCCACGGCAACUUGUCCGUGGGCCUUUAUCCAAGGCAGCAGUGUGUCAGGGUUUAAAAUGAUGGACAUGUUUGGACUUGUGGAAAAGGAGUAUUCAGCGAUGGAUGGAGUUUCUAUGGAACCUGGAACCUUCAACAACUUCCCCUGCUACAGACUGCACAAGGACGCCCUGGUGUCCCAACCUACUAAAUUUAUUCACCCAGAAGGCCUCCCGUCGGACUAUACCAUCUCCGUCCUGUUCCGCAUUCUUCCCGAUACGCCCAAAGAACCGUUCGCUCUCUGGGAAAUCUUAAACAAGGAUUAUGAACCUUUGGUCGGCGUUAUCCUUGACAACGGUGGGAAAACACUCACGUAUUUUAACUACGAUCACAAGGGAGAUUUCCAAACAAUCACUUUUGAUGGACCUGAAAUUAGGAAAAUAUUUUUUGGCAGCUUCCACAAGCUACAUUUAGUUGUUACAAAGACUGCCACAAAACUAAUUAUUGAUUGCAAACAAGUGGCUGAAAAGCCAGUAAAUGAGGCCGGAAAUAUCACUACUGAUGGUUUGGAGGUUCUGGGUAGAAUGGUCAGAUCCAGAGGACCGAAAGAUAACUCGGCCCCAUUCCAGCUGCAGAUGUUUGAUAUCGUUUGUACGACCUCUUGGGCCAGUCGAGAUAAAUGCUGUGAACUUCCGGCGCUGAGAGAUGAGGCUACCUGUCCUCCGCUUCCAAAUUCCUGCUCAUGCUCACAGGAAAAUAAAGGCCUUCCCGGCCCCCCCGGACCACCGGGAGGUUCUGGUAUGAGAGGUCCAAAGGGAUCAUCAGGGGAAUCGGGACCCCCCGGACCUGAAGGACCCCGAGGACCGGCAGGUUCACCAGGGCAACAAGGACCACCAGGACCCCAAGGGCCAAGUGGACAUUCCAUUGAGGGCCCACCAGGUUCACCUGGUGGGAAAGGAGAUAAAGGAGACCCUGGUCCUCCAGGAACACAGGGAAUAAGAGGAGCAUCAGGCCCCCCAGGACGUGACGGAGAAACAGGACCACGGGGAAUGCCUGGAAAAGAUGGUUCUACAGGCCCACCAGGACCUCCCGGAGCAAUGGGAGGCCCCGGGACGCCCGGUUCUCCAGGUGUAUCAGGAAGCCCAGGAAGACAGGGUGAAACUGGACCUCCCGGGGCUCCUGGCACAAAAGGAGAACGGGGAGAAAGAGGGGAUAUGCAGUCGCAAAAUAUGGUACGCACGAUCGCUCGCCAAGUGUGUGAACAGAUUAUCCAAAGUCACAUGUCCAGAUUCAAUUCUCUGCUGAACCAAAUACCCAGCCAGUCGGUGUCAGUAAGAACUAUCGCUGGGCCACCGGGACCACCUGGCCGGCAAGGACCUGCUGGCCCACAAGGAGAACAGGGAGCUACAGGAAGAUCUGGCUUUCCAGGCAAUCCCGGCCCACCAGGAGCCCCAGGAGAAAGAGGCUUACAAGGUGAAAAAGGAGAAAGAGGUAACCCAGGUGUUGGGACUCAAGGGCCUCGGGGACCACAAGGACCUUCAGGACCCCCAGGAGAAGGUCGAACUGGAAGUCAAGGUCCAUCUGGGCCACCAGGCCAACGAGGACUUCCAGGUCCUAAUGGAAUUACAGGCCCCAUGGGUCCUCCCGGUCCACCAGGUUAUUGUGAUGCUUCAUCAUGCGCUGGGUAUGGUGUCGGAGGUGGAUACGGUGCUCCUGAUGAUGAUGAUCGAGAUGAACAGGUAGCACCACACAAUCCCUACCAGCUAUAUAACCCAGAGGACGUUUACGGUGGAGGACAAGACCCAUACGACCCUUAUCCUGUCCCAUACCCCCAGUCCUACCAAGAUCCACGUUAUAUCCAGCCAGAGUUCACUCCAGUACAGGAAGAAGAGCAGGAAGAAGACUCUACGGAGGUGAGGUCUCCUGGAAUUGGUCGCGUUGCAAGAAGCAUUCCAAAAAGAUCAGGCAUGUCUUUGAAAAAUCUUAAAGACGGUUAACAGAACUCUGAGCGUUGGCCCAUAUCAAGCGGCCCUUUAUCAUGUGUUGUCUACAGUACAUCAAAGCAACAUAAGGCCGGAUAACUGCUUGGAAAUUGUUUACAUAAAUUAGAGCUACAAGGAUAAAAACCAUGUACCGUGCUGACAUCUAUAAUACAAUGAGGUCCAUUUUUGCAUAAAACUUUAAUUGUUUGAUGACCAGUGACCAUUUAAUAUUCAGAAUAAAUUCAGGUCACCAUAUAACACAAAGUGAGUUCAUCCCAAAAGACCAUCAUUAAUUGAUUUUUCAAAAAACUAAAGUUAACCGUGGUACAGCUCGUAAACCUUAUCGCCCUUUUCUUAUGUUCACAGUAGACACGCAAGAACACACAUUUUCACAAUUUAAUACAUUAAAACUUUGAGGAUAACAGGUUUUUUUUUACUAAUCCCUUCAAAUUCAUCUUUAAAGUCUCCUAUUGUGGCAGUAAUUUAAUAGAUCAGUCCCCAUAUUCAGUACUGUUCGUUUUUUGAAAUGUAAAUUUUGGAAAAAAUUUAAUUUUGUAUAUGUAACAAUGUACACUUUAUGAAUUCCAUAUGGGCCUCUAUUUUUAUAAUAGGCUUAUUUUAUUGUUAUCUAGGAAAAAAAAUAACAUUUGGAAAUGGUGCUUUGUUGAUUAUCAUACAUAAACAUGCGGGUAAUUUAUUGUAAACAGAUUUCCAUUGUUUUGUAUAAACCAAUAAAAUUUGUUCAGUGUUUCAGAUAUCGUG